AUGACUCUCCUUCUUCUAGCUAGCCUGGCCGCUGCGGCCAACGCCCUGACGGCCACUGUCAACAUAGGACAGAUGUUCCAAACCAUGGAUGGGUUCGGCUUCUCACAGGCCUUCGGCCGCGCCAACGACCUGUACAAUCUCAAUUCGGACCAGCGCCAAUACGCCCUGGACCUCCUCUUCAGCCCCACCAAGGGAGCAGGCAUGACCAUCCUGCGCAACCGCAUCGGCUCUGGCUCCCCGAACGCCACGCCGCAGUAUACGGAUCUCGGCACAGACUCGAACCAGGUGUGGGUGACGCAGCAGGCCGUCAAAUACGGGGUGAAGACCAUCUACGCGGAUGCGUGGAGUGCCCCGGGGUUCAUGAAGACGAACAACGACCAGGCCAACCGGGGCUAUCUCUGUGGAGUCACUGGAGCGAAUUGCGCGAGCGGCAACUGGACCCAGGCAUAUGCAAAUUACCUGGUCAAAUAUAUCCAGGACUAUGCGGCGUUGGGACUGGAUAUCACGCACGUGGGCUUCCUGAACGAGCCGGAUCUCACGACAGCUUACUCCUCCAUGCUGUCGGACGGGAUCCAGGCCGCAGACUUUAUCAAGGUGCUGCACCCGACCCUGCAAAAAGCAGGCCUGAGCCGCGUGGGCAUCAACUGCUGCGACGCGAUGGGCUGGACCGCGCAGAAAACUCGCACCGCACAACUCAUCUCCGCCGGUGUCGAGAAGCUCCUCUCGCGGAUCACCUCGCACUCGUACGCGUCUGAUCCGACCAGCUCCAUGGGCGCCUCCAUCCCCGUCUGGCAGACCGAGAACGCGGAUCUCUCCGACGCGGGCACGUGGGAGACGACCUGGUACUCUAAUGGGGGACAAGGCGAGGGUUUCACCUGGGCGCAGAAGAUCUACACUGCGAUCACGCAGGGCGGGGUGAGCGCGUACCUGUACUGGGAGGGCUUCGAGAAGGCCACCACCAACUCGUGCCUGGUGAUUACAGAUGGAACGAAUAUCAUUCCUUCUGGGCGAUUGUGGGCGUUUGCGCAGUGGAGUCGGUUUGUACGGCCCGGCGCGGUGCGCGUGGCCGUCUCCGGGUCCACUUCGACGCUCAAGAUGACUGCAUUCAGGAAUACGGAUGGCACUGUUGCGGUGCAGAUGAUUAACAGUGCGUCUUCGGCGACAUCGGUCACCGUCAAUGGGUUCUCUGCUGGUUCUGGCAAGGCAUACCUCACGGAUAACAGCCACAAUAACAUCAGCGGGACCAGCGUGUCGCUUAGUGGAGGAGCGGCCACUGUCAAUGUUCCUGGAUAUGCAAUGGUGACUGUGGUACUAUCGUAG